AUGUGUAGCGGGACAAGUAUACUGACCUCCCCCCCCCCCACAACAAACAGCAAACUACCAUCCUUCCCAGACUAUCAGGUCGACAUCAAGUAUGCCACUGAGCAUAGAUGCGGUGUGAGAGUCAGAGGACCAGGACUCACCGAUGCAAUAUCAAACACUGAUCCGCUCAAGGACAACUUGCCCCUGCUUCACGCAAUGGCACUGAACGACAGCAAAGAGGCAGAGUUCACAGCUCGUCUGGUAAAUGAGCUCUCGGACAAGAUCCGCGAGGUGCUUGAGCACCACCCAAUCAACGUCGAGCGCGCUGAACAGAACCUCCCACAGGCCAACGUCGUGCUGCUGCGCGGCUGUGGCGUGCGCGCACAGGUGCCCACGUUUGCCGAGAAGUAUAACAUGAAGUCGUUCAUGAUCGCACCCACCUGCAUCAUCGCCGGUCUGGGCAUGUCGAUCGGCAUCGAGAUUGUCAAGGCGCCUGGCGGCACUGGCGACUACCACACCGACUUUGAGUCCAAGGGCAACGUGGCCGUCGACACCCUGGCCAACGGCGACUACGACUUUGGCUUCUUGCACAUCAAGGCUGUCGACGACGCCGGACAUGACAAGGACCCCGACCUCAAGAUCACCCUGCUCGAGAAGGUGGACGCCAUGCUGAAGAACAUCAUCGAGCGUCUGGCCGCGGCAGAGCGCGAAGGCAAGGGCAAGUUCUCAAUCUGUCUGACAGGCGACCACACCACUCCCGUGCUCAGCGGCGACCACUCCUUUGAGCCAGUACCGUUCACCAUCAGCAAGCCAGUGCUAGCCGAAGCUUCGCUCAAUAGCACCAGCAAGGAGGAUGCCAAGAUUGAUCACUGGACCUUCUCAGAUGCCGUCACGGCCUUUGACGAGAUCUCCUGUAUCAAGGGUGCACUGGGCAGAUUCCCCGGCAGUCAAGUAAUGGGCAUUGUAUCACAGUACAUGAACAAGAACCUCUAA